AUGUCGUAUUCUCCUUUACACAAUGUCAAAUUCCCCAAAGAUGGGCAAUGGCCAUCAACCUUAAUGAUGACUGCUGAUCAUGAUGACCGCGUUGUUCCAAGUCAUACGUUGAAGCCCAAAAAACACAAACUCCAGACCAACCCACUUCUAGUACGUGUCGAGAAGAAAGCUGGUCAUGGUGGAGGGGGGAUGUCUUUUGUCAAACAGAUAGCUGGAUAUGUCGAUACAUACAGUUUCCUGCAGAGAGUCCUGAACAUUGAAUGGGUAGACUGA